UAAAUUCCAUAGCGCUUUUAUCAAUUUCAAUAAUAAUAACUGUGAGUUCAAUCACACGUAUAAAUUGUUAUUUUACUUAAAAAACAUGGUUCAAGUGCAAAAUAUUGUGUGAAAAUAUGAAGAAAACAUAUCGCUGUAAAGCAUUGAGUUGGCAAAAACAUAACCAAGGUCGGGCCUGAUAUCGAGCUAUUUAUAUAUGAAAUAUUCUCUACUAAUAUUUACUCGAGGAAUUGUGAUUUUUUUGUGUGUCGAGCAAACGAUAAGAUUAUGGCUCGUAUUGCUGACGACACCGACUUUGAGAUGCUCAAGUGCCUCGUGGAUGAUAACGAAGGCUGGUCACUGGAACUCUCAAAAGCCAAUACGGAAGUUUGGACACGUUCAGUGGCUGGAUGCAAUUUUCACAUGGUGAAAAUUAACACAUUAUUUGAUGAUAUCACAUCGGAUACACUAUUCGAUGUUUUACAUGAUCCCGACUAUAGACGUGUUUGGGAUACCCAUAUGUUGGCAAGCGAAGAAAUCGGCAUUGUUAAUGUGAACAAUGAUGUUGGAUACUAUGCAAUGAGCUGUCCACCACCCCUAAAACCACGUGAUUUUGUCCUAAUGCGCUCGUGGCUAGAUACAGGACCACAUGGAGAACAAAUGCUCAUAUCACGCUCAGUCACCCAUCGUGACUGGCCACCGCGAAAAGGCUAUGUUCGUGCUACAUCUCAUUUGACUGGUUUCGUGUUACGAUCGAAAAAUAAUAAAUGUAUCUUAAGCUAUGUUGCCCAUUGUGAUCCACAAGGUGCUCUACCACCAUGGCUAGUGAAUAAAGUUACGCAUACACUAGGUCCGCGAAUGAUUAAGGAUCUCAAAAAGGCUGCUCUUGGUUACAUCGAAUGGAAAAAUGGACAGGGUAAUUUCCGAAAACCAUGGAGGUUUCCUGAAGAAAUUGCUGUACCACGAAUUUCAUUAUCAGAAUUUCAUGACAUAGAAAAAACCACGGAAGAAAAUGCAACUUGUGAAAAUAUCAACAAUUUAAAUACCGACACAUCAAAGGAGAAGAAAAAAACGACAAUGUUUAAAUUACCUGCAAUCCCUAAAGUUACCAGGAAAGCUCAAAAUCAAGUAUGAAAUGAAUUCUAAUGAGAAAAAAAUAAAUAAGUACUUGAAGUCCUCAAUUACCUAAAUUAAAGUGACUUUCUAAUAAGCUAAUAAAAGAGAUAUUAAAAAUCUUCCAAGAAUAUUAAUAUUCUAUUAUAGUGAUGAAAAAUCCUAUUGUUAAUUGUUAAAGGAAAGAAAUGUUGGUAUUAUGUAUGUAUAUAGAUAUAACUGAUCUAUGAAAUAUCUAAUAGGUCUAUCUUUUAAUUAUAAUUAAUUUAAUAUGAAAAUUGCAAACUGUUUCAAUUAAUUAGAAGACUCAGAAGGAUUUAAGAAAAACCUUAUCCUUCAAUUACUUUUGAACUACAAAUAAUUUGAAAGGAACAAUAAAAGAAAAGUUUCUCUUAACAA